AUGAAGAGUAAUGUUAGAAGAAGUAAUUUACAUACACAAGAGACUGAUUACUCUAGUGACUAUGAGUCAUUCCUAUCCCUUGGUCAAGAUAAUGAAAAGGAAAGAAGGAGCACUAGACAACCAAAUGAUUCGACAAUGUAUUCCAAAUUAUUACUGAAUGCUGCGAGAUUGGAAUUGGAAUCUAUAACUUUAAAAGAAACCAUAUGCGAUGGAUUAAAGCUAGUUAAGAAUUUCCCAACAAACGAUCUAACUGUUGCUAUUCAGAAAGUAAAUGAAAUUCAAAAGGAUUUAGAAACCAUAAAGUUAGCUCGAUCAACUGAUGAAACUUCAGUUACAUUAAUAAACCAAGAAUUGAAAGAUAUUAAAAAUACCCUAGAGAAGAUCAGCAUCCCACCACAAGAGUCUUCUUCUGUUUCAAGUAAGACUAAUGAGAUCCAUGAAUCUGCUCAUCAUAUCGAAUUUCAAUUGAAUUCCGUGGUGCAGAUUAUUCGUACAUUAGUUGAACACACUCAAAAGAAAGAUCUUCAAAUCAAUCAGAAAUUAUACAAACAAGAACAAGCUUACUCCAAACUUUUAUCGCAAUCAGAAUCUCAAACUAAAGACUUACAAGAGAUAAAGGAAUUCUUGAAAUUAGCACUACCAAGAAUUGUGAGUCUUGAAAAUUCGUAUCGACUGCUACAAACAGCUAAUAAUUCCGGAAUCCGGCGGCUGAACACUUCCAUAAAUGGAACAAAUUCACAAAAGAAAAGACGGCUUUUAUAA